GGUUUGAAAAAAUCAAUCGUCUCCCUACUCUCCGUUCAUGUCAUCCACCGCCAAACGCCAAAAAACCAUUUCCUGACGAAACGUUCAACUUUGCUUCAAAAUCACAGGACUCCUUGGACAUGUCGUGGUCUCUUGUCCUCCUCUUCUUCUCUCCUUUCCUAAAUUUAUGAAUAUUGAAGAAAAGGAGGGAAAAACAGAAAUCCAUCUUCAGAAUUUCAAUACUGCAUCCCAAAGUUCACACCUUUCUUUCUCAAAAUCUGCAAUUCAUUAUAUCUGUUAGGUUUUAGCAGUGAAACAAGAAGCAUGAACAUAAACUUUUCCCACCCACUUUGUUAUUGAUUCAUGGGUCUUACAACGACAACAAUGUUGCACUUAGAAUCUUGUGGCCAAACUCCCAAGGCGUAUGACUUUAUUAAACAAAAGUGCCAUGGGAGGACAACUUCUUGUGCAUCAUGGUUUCCCAGGGGUUGUUUUAAUAGGCCACACACCCAUAACCUGUUCAUAGACUCGGCUUUGUAUGCAAUACGUGAUGGAAGAAUGAUUAAUUGCUCUCUUGUUUCAAAAAGUAUAUUUGUUGGCACUUCCCUUUUAACAUCCUCACUAUUUCAUCAGAGAGAACUCAGUUUCUCCAAUAAUAGACUUGUUCAACGGGGAAGAUCACGGAUUUAUGCUACUGUUGAUGUUGCUGGUGCUGUUGAGGUUAUCAAUGAUUUAGGAUUGGAUACCUUGACUUUCUUAGCUGUGACAGUCCUGAUUGUUCCUGCAUUCAAAAUCAUUAGAGCAAGCCCUAUACUUGGUUUCUUCUUUGCUGGUGUUGUGUUGAAUCAGUUUGGAUUGAUUAGAAAUCUUACAGAUGUUAAAGUCCUUUCAGAGUGGGGGAUCCUUUUCCUGUUGUUUGAGAUGGGUUUGGAGCUUUCCCUUGAUCGUCUAAAAGCUCUUGCAAAAUUUGCUUUUGGUAUGGGGUUUACUCAGGUUAUGUUAUCCACUCUUGCUUUCACAGCAUUCGAACUUCCACCUAAUGGAGCUAUUGGAACAAGAAUUCUUGAGUUCCUUUUUCACUCUAGGCCUGACCUGGUUAACAUCAGAAGCAUUGAUGAGGCCUUGGUGAUUGGUGCUGCUCUAUCUUUGUCUUCUUCUGCUUUUGUUCUGCAGCUUCUUGCAGAGAAGGGUGAGCUGCCAACACGAUUUGGCUCUGCAACUUUGGGGAUACUUCUUUUACAGGAUAUAGUAGUUGUCCCUCUCUUAGUCAUACUUCCAGUGCUUGAGGGCCAGAAUCUAAUUGGGGAAAGCAUUUGGCCAAUGCUUGCUAAAGAGAGUUUAAAGGCUUUAGGUGGUCUUGGUCUGCUCUCCCUUGGAGGAAAAUAUAUUCUUAGGCGCGUUUUUGAGUUUGUUGCUGAAACAAGAAGCUCGGAAGCCUUUGUAGCUCUCUGCCUGCUAACUGUUGCUGGGACUUCACUUCUGACCCAGCAGUUGGGCUUCAGUGACACGCUUGGAGCAUUUUUGGCUGGGGCAUUACUAGCAGAAACAAAUUUCAGAACACAGAUAGAAGCUGAUAUAAGGCCAUUCAAAGGUUUACUCCUUGGAUUAUUUUUUGUGACCACUGGGACUUCUAUUGAUAUGCAGCCGAGAAGUGUCCUAAUGGGAACUGCACCACGCCAAGAUGGAGCUCUUGAAAUCACUAAUUCAAUUCUUCUGUUUGAUGUCUUCAAAAUCACUUUACCUUAUUUACCAAUGAAAUGGCUAAAACGCAUACCACUGCCACCACCUUCUCUAACUCGUCCACGCUCUUUCGCUCCCUUCGCAUCUAGCACUACGCCACAGAAUGCGUCAUCAUCUGCUCUGCUUGACGAAUUCACCAAUCUAUGUUAUCAGAAAGACCUCCCGAGAGCCGUGAGGACCAUGGCAGCCAUGGAAAGGUAUGGCAUUUCAGCUGAUUCCAUCACAUACUCCGAGCUUAUUAAGUGCUGCAUGGCCCGUGGUGCGGUUGCAGAGGGAAAAAUGGUUCACAAGCACGUUUUCUCAAAUGGGUAUGAGCCCAAGACGUUUCUUGUCAACAUUCUCAUCAAUAUGUAUGUUAAGUUCAACUUAUUAGAGGAAGCACGAGCAUUGUUUGACGAAAUGCCUGAGAGGAAUGUUGUCUCUUGGACCACGAUGAUAUCUGCUUAUGCCAAUGCGAAGUUCAAUCAAAAGGCCUUGGCGUUUUUGGUUCUCAUGCUUAGAGAAGGUGUGAGGCCUAAUAUGUUUACUUACUCUUCAGUCUUGAGGGCGUGUGAAGGGUUGUUGAAUCUUAAACAGCUUCACUGUGGUAUAAUUAAAGUUGGGUUGGAAUUGGAUGUUUUUGUCAGGAGCGCUCUCGUUGAUAUUUACUCAAAAUUCGGGGACUUACAGGAUGCACUCUGUGUUUUCAAUGAGAUGAGGACAGGGGACUUGGUGGUUUGGAAUUCGAUUAUUGGGGCUUUUGCUCAAAACAGUGAUGGUGAUGAAGCUCUGAAUCAAUAUAGGAGGAUGAAGAGAGAUGGUUUUUCAGCAGAUCAAUCUACACUGACCAGUGUUUUGAGAGCCUGCACUGGGUUAGCCCUGCUUGAAGUGGGGAGACAAGUGCAUGUUCAUGUGUUUAAAUUUCAUCAAGAUUUGAUACUCAACAAUGCACUUUUGGAUAUGUACUGCAAGUGUGGUAGUUUGGAAGAUGCAAAGUUUGUCUUCAAUCGGAUGGCAGAGAGAGAUGUGAUCUCUUGGAGUACCAUGAUUGCAGGAUUAGCCCAAAAUGGGCAGAGCCAAGGGGCACUGAAAUUUUUUGAGUCAAUGAAAGUUUCAGGAAUAAAGCCAAACUAUAUUACUAUUCUGGGGGUUCUGUUUGCUUGUAGCCAUGCUGGACUUGUGGAAGAAGGAUUGUACUAUUUUCAAUCAAUGAAAAACCUUUUUGGGAUUGAUCCUGGAAGGGAACACUAUGGUUGCAUGAUUGAUCUUCUUGGAAGGGCUGGGAAGCUUGAUGAGGCACUGAAUUUGAUGCAAGAAAUGAAAUGUGAACCAGAUGCUGUGAUAUGGAGAACUUUACUUGGUGCAUGCAGGGUUCACCGGAAUGUGGACCUAGCUAUAUAUGCUGCUAAACAGAUUCUAAAGCUAGAUCCCCAAGAUUCAGGAACCUAUAUACUGCUGUCUAAUAUUUAUGCAAACUCUCAAAGAUGGGAGGAUGUCUCAGAAAUUAGGAGGGCAAUGAGAGACAGGGGAAUCACAAAAGAGCCGGGGUGUAGUUGGAUUGAAGCAAAUAAGCAGAUUCAUGCUUUCAUUUUAGGAGAUAACUCACAUCCACAAAUUAAAGAUAUCAACAGGAAGCUGAAUCACUUGAUUCAUGAAUUGAUGGGAAUCGGUUAUGUUCCUGACACCAAUUUUGUCUUGCAAGAUCUUGAGAGGGAACAAAGAGAAGACUCACUUAGAUACCAUAGUGAGAAAUUGGCUAUUGUCUUUGGUUUAAUGAGCUUGUCAAGGGGGAACGCCAUUAGGAUAAGGAAAAAUCUUAGGAUCUGUGGAGACUGUCAUACCUUUGCAAAGCUUGUAGCAAAAAUGGAGAAUUGCCUUAUUGUCAUUAGAGAUCCUAUUCGUUACCAUCAUUUUAAGGAUGGGGUUUGCACUUGCGGUGACUAUUGGUAGAAAAUGGCUGAGUUUCAAUGAACAUUUUCUAUCUUAUUUUUCAGCCUUGAAUUUUGACUGGUAAAACAGUACAAAAUGUUGUGGAUGAUUAAAAAUUGAGGAAUAUC